AUCAUGUGGGCGGCCCUUGCGGCCACGGAGGUCGUUUGUGUCUGUUGAACGGCCUGGGCAAGUCUUGCUGCCUUGGGCGGGGGUUAAAAAUUGUUCUUGAGAAGAACGUCUUUGUCCGAAGAGAAAAUGAGUUUAGCUCUGAGAAGCGAGCUUGUAGUAGACAAAAAUAAGAGGAAAAAAAGAAGAGAACUCACUGAGGAACAGAAACAAGAAAUUAAAGAUGCUUUUGAAUUAUUUGAUACAGACAAAGAUGAAGCAAUAGAUUAUCAUGAAUUAAAGGUGGCAAUGAGAGCCUUGGGGUUUGAUGUAAAAAAGGCUGAUGUACUGAAGAUUCUUAAAGAUUAUGACAGAGAAGCCACAGGGAAAAUCACCUUUGAAGAUUUUAAUGAAGUUGUGACAGACUGGAUAUUGGAAAGAGAUCCACAUGAAGAAAUACUGAAGGCAUUUAAACUAUUUGAUGAUGAUGAUUCAGGUAAAAUAAGCUUGAGGAAUUUGCGGCGUGUUGCCAGAGAACUGGGUGAAAACAUGAGUGAUGAAGAACUCCGAGCUAUGAUAGAAGAAUUUGAUAAAGAUGGUGAUGGAGAAAUAAAUCAAGAGGAGUUCAUUGCCAUUAUGACUGGUGACAUUUAAAGAAUUGCAAGGAUAAACACUAAGAAUGUUGCAGUUACCAUCUUAUAUUCUAUUUUUGUGCCUGGAGCCAUGUAAAAAAAGAAAAUAACUUAGUUGUUUUUUCCAAAAGGGCCAAAAAUAAGUGUCUUGUGUAUUUGUAUUUUACUACUGUUAAGUUUCUUUGUAUGAACGUGUUAUUAGUACUCAAAUAGUUUAGCUUUGUAUUUAUAAUGCAGGUUUUAUAUAAAGUUUUAAAAAAAUUGAAUCAUGUGAUGUGCGUUCUUUAAAGAUUUGUUUUUAACUUUUAACAUUAGUAAGUUUUAUUUUGGUGCACACAUUUUUCAGACUUUCAUAAAUAAAGUGUUUAUU